AUGUUCAAAUAUUUACUAGUAGCAGCUCUAGUGCCAGCCCUUAGCUUGGCCCAAAGUCUUUUCCCUCGGCAAUGUCCCAACGGAGCAUCAAUGCCGGCUUACAUGGAAAUAAACGGAUGUACCACAUCGCCCUGUACGAUUCCGAUCGGGGAUCCGAUUGCCGCCUAUGCCAAAGGUAUCGUCAGUCCGAUCGAUACGCAAACCCUGACGCCCUCCUUGGCAAUUAGGCUGCUCGGACUGGAAAUACCUUUCCCGAUUCCGGAAUCUCUUCAAGAUGCUUGCACGGCCGGUACGGAUCCCGGAACCUGCCCGGUGUCGGCUGGUCAAGUGUUCGAUUACAUCCUGUACUACGAAGAUGAACCGUUCCCGAUUUCCGGUGUUACGGUUGAGGUCGAAGUAGGACUGAAGGGCGAUGACGGUAGCUACAUCACCUGCGUCGCAUUCGAUGUGUACAUUCAAUCGUAA